AUGUUGGAGGCUGACGAGGCAUACUUCAAGGAGCAUGGAGAGCCGCUAUUCUCUUCCCACAUGUUGGAUUUGUCUGAGGAACCAGAUGAGGAGAACAUUGAGAUUUGCGCCAAGUACUUGAAGCGCAUGGCACCAAUGAAACAGAUUUUGGAAAUGGAGAUUGGCAUCACCGGUGGCGUGGAAGAUGGUGUUGACAACAGCGGAGCUGCCAAGGAAAAACUGUACUCCACUCCGGAAGACGUGUUCAAUGUCUACAAGGGCCUCAACCCAAUUUCUCAUAUGUUCACCAUCGCUGCAGCCUUCGGCAACGUCCACGGUGUCUACAAGGCUGGAAACGUGGUGCUGAAGCCCGAGAUUCUGCAGGAGAUGCAAGACUACGCCCGCGAGCAGAUCAAGGCAUCCACCGGCAAGGACAUCGAGAGGCCUCUGAACUUUGUGUUCCACGGUGGCUCUGGAUCCGAGAAGCACCACAUUACAACGGCCCUGAAUGCCGGAGUGGUGAAGAUGAACGUGGACACCGACACGCAGUGGGCCUACUGGGAAGGCCUGUUGAAGUUCUACAAGAACAAGGAGGGCUACCUGCAGGGCCAGAUUGGCAACCCAGAAGGAGAGGACAAGCCAAACAAGAGCUUCUACGACCCGCGCAAAUGGGUCCGCGAGUGCGAAGUAUCCAUGGUGAAGCGUGUGAAGGAGAGUUGCUCAGACCUCUCGAACACCAACUGAUAUUGAUUGAUGCAGCUUGAGAAAAGGCGGCCAAUCUCACAGAAGGUGAGAUGCGAUUGGCUUGGUUGCCUGUUUCUCAAAGAAAUCAGAAUACUUGCAUAAAUUGUUUCUCUUGCCUGGUGAUGGAAUGGUCUGCCGCUGCGUGUGAGAUCUUACACGCAAAGCACAUGAUCAGUUUAUGUCAAUUGUUGCUUUUGUUGAUUACCUUGUGAAAUCCGCUCUUGUUUUGCAGCCUCCAAUGCGCCACCGGGCAACGAUCUGCUGUGUUCCCCCAUAUCCAGUGGAGAAAAAUCGGUAUUGCAAACGAUUUUUUCUUCAAGCUGUCGAGGCAAGUGCAGUCACACUGAUAAAUCGUGCUGAGGGGAAA